AUGCUGCUUUCUACCCCCACAAGCAACCAUGUCUCACUCAGAAACAAUAGUGUGUCUCCUUCAUAUGCGAGAAGACCACAGCGAACCCCAGAACCCAUCCAUUGUCGUGACUCACCAAUGCUCACCCCUUCGCCUUUACGACGACGACCUCUAUUUCCGCAAAAUGACCAGUUCGACGACUUUGAUGGCGGCUUCCUACAUUCUCCUUUCAAAUCUCCUCCCAAUGUGCAACAUUUGUAUUCUUCGUAUUCAGCCAAACCAGAACCUAUAUCAGCAGACGACGCAGAGGGCGCCAUUUUCCUCGAUUCUCCUACCGCCUUGCGACCCACACCUACUCCACAUCCACAACCUCUACGAACCCCGAAACGUCCUGCUCUUUCUGUAAUGCAAUUGAAUUCGCCUCUGAAAGCCUCUGGUGCUGGCACCAAGCGCAAAUCAACGCCACUUGCAUCUACGCCAUUGCGUAGGCACAAUCUCACCCCACUCAGCAUACAACGAAGCCUUGACAGCAAAGGCAUCGCAUUCGACCGCCUGGCGCCUUUGCCACCUCCCCAGUUCUCCGCGAGAACCCCGCAGUCCAAGACUGAAACGGAGCACCAUCUGAAGAAACAGACAGCAACUCUGACUCGACUGCGUAUCACCGAUUUUGAUGGAUCAGGCGAUGAGUUUGAUGGGGAGAAUGUUGACUCAGGCUGCGAUAUGUCCGAUGAUGACGAGGAAGGGAGAGGGAAUGUUUUCCUUUCUGGAUCUCUUUCCGGGAAGUUAAUGAAGCGUGGCACAUUGGUGAGCAAAGGCAAGGACAAAGAUGAAGAAGUGGCCGCUGUCUCCCCCGGUGGCCACAUCACCAAGAGGCGUGCCCGAUCCAGACCUGUCUCGGAAGAGCUUUUGGAAAGCGUAUAUAGAUCGCCAGCUUUCGAGAAGCCAAAGCCAUCCAAGGUCCCCAAAGCUGGCCCUCCUGCGAUCCCUUUCCCAUCCAACCGCAUGCAUCGUCGCAAUGGAUCCGCCUCGUCCUCGUCUGAUAUGGGAUCACCUCUUCCCCGACGGCGAACGAGCGCUGCUACCAGUCGCCCCCCUAUGCUUAGCAAUGGUCUGCAUCCCAUUUCGUUACCACGUCCAGCUCCCCGACCUCUCAACCGCGUCGAGAGUGCGACGCUUUUCUUCGGCCCUCCCAUUCCAGCGCCCGUCAAGUCAGCGCCCGGGCGUACAAGGAUUAACUCCACAAUGGCCGCCUCUCUUUCUAAGCAUCAAUUAGCUCACAAGCGAUCUAAAGUCCACAACCGGCACAGUUACGCGGGCCCUCAGCAAGCGCAUAUAUGGAAUGCUAUUAGAACCGAUACAGAGGCUCCUUCGCCGCAUUCCUCUCCCAUCUACGACGUGGGUAACUCGUCUCGAGACACGGACAUGGAGGAAGAUAUGUUCUUUGGCAGCGAUUCCGGCACUGAGUCGAUGAGCUUGCGACCCGACGGUGCUUCUUUCGUCUUCAACAUCACGCAAGGGACGCCAUCACCACGAAUGAAGCAGCAACCUCAGACCCUUCCCAAGAAGUAUCGGCCAAGAGAUUCGGGUGUCGUCGUUAGCGACGAUGACGAUUACGACAACAAGCACGGCACCCCCGGCGCUUCACUGAAUCUGAUGCCACCCGCCUCGAGCAGUCUCAAUUCCAUUAACUCGGAUACCGACGACGGGCUAGUUACGCCCGGAAUAGGGCCCGGUCAAUUCUCCGGCUGGCCCGACGCCAAUAUCCGCAUAAACGAUUCCUCGACAUCCAUUGACGGUAUAUUGGCAACAGCCGACCCCGACGCGUUCAUUAUUCGUAUCCUAGCAGCAACUAGCAAAGGUGCUAAAAGUCGAGGGGAGGCUGGUGCAGAUGGAGAGGCCAAAAGACCGCCUGGAACACCUGUCAAGAAGGUUAAAACGACAUUCCUCAACGGCGACCGCCCCUGGCAGAGUGCCAUCGCACACAAGGUAGCGAACCUUGACUUUGACUACGGCGGUGGUUUCGGUCUACCAAGCGAGGCGGAGGCUGGCAACAAAAAGGGAAAAGGAAAACCAAGGCAGAGUCUACCGGCACUACCACUCGGAGGGUUGAAGCAAUGGGGAGCUAAAAGCGGAGGAGGAGGAAGCGAUACCGAGGACGAGGAAGAUAGUCCCAGUGGGCGAAAGGUCACGAGCAAGGCUGGUCUGUACGGAGGACUUGGUUUAGGCAGACCAGCAAAGAAACCCGAGGCUGAGAAGCCUGCCUCUGCAGUAUCGAGGACACGCUGGCUCAUGAGGAGGAGUAGCAGCGGUGCGUUUUCGUUCUCAAGCGGCAGUGAUAGCUCCCGUAAUGCGACACCAACUCGUGUCAAUCCUUCAGACGACAUCCCCGCUCUGACACGUGUCCACGCCCAAGAUUCGCCCUCGAAGAAUGUGGCCAAGCUAUCGCCGCUUCGUUCCACAUCGGGUUCCUCCAGUAGCUCUUCCAGCACGUUACACUCGCCCUCUAUUCGACAUCUACCCAUCGGGCCGGCUACGGUCCAACAGCAGCCACGGAACAAACCCAGAUCAUCACUUCCCCUUCCCACUGCCACUUUCAACGAACCUCAUCGCAGAGCGCCACGACUGUCAGCAGGGCCGUAUCCUUCUAGCUCGCGAUUGGCUCCUCGAUCGCGACUCUCUGAUUCCUUCGCCUAUGAACAGCCCGGCCGGUAUGAACGUGACUUUAUGGAAUUAGAUGAAGUCGGGAGCGGGGAAUUUGGAAGAGUGAUUAAAGUUCGCCGGAAGGAUGGAGGGCAAGACGGCAAAGGGUAUGCUAUCAAACAAUCCAAGCGAUUUGAAGGUGUACGGCAUCGGCUACGCUUGCGCGAAGAGGUAGACACUUUGCAACAUCUGUCCAGGGUUGCUACGUUAGCCAGUGGAAGCAAGGAAAAUUGCCAUCCCAAUGUCCUGGGCUACGUGGAUAGUUGGGAGGAGAAUGAAGCUUUGUAUAUCCAGACAGAACUGUGCGAGAUGGGCAACCUUGCGCGGUUCUUGUGGGAAUAUGGUCGAGUUUUCCCCAGGCUAGACGAAGCCAGAGUGUGGAAGAUAUUUGUUGAUCUAAGCAAUGGUCUUCGCUUUGUCCACGAUGCCGGAGUGAUCCACUUGGAUAUCAAGCCUGCGAAUAUAUUUAUCACUUCUGAGGGAAGGUUCAAGAUUGGCGACUUUGGGAUGGCGUCGUUCUGGCCCCGCCCCCGAUCAAAUAUGGAGGGAAGUGGAGGGGAUUGGGGGAGCGCAGCCAAUGCGAGCCUUAGGACAGGCGUUCACGUUAGCCUCGGGGAGGGCCCCUUCGAACGAGAAGGGGAUAAACUCUACUUGGCACCAGAAGUUCUGCAGGGCAGAUAUGGCAAAGCAGCCGAUGUCUUCAGCCUCGGUAUGACGAUGCUUGAGACGGCAUCCAACAUAGUUGUGCCAGACCAGGGAGACGCAUGGCACCAAUUACGACAGGAAGACUUUUCAUUGGUGGAUUUGGACGAUAGCCCCGAGUUGUUGGGGCUCCUGCGGAGCAUGAUGCGAACGAAUCCGGAGUCGAGGGUGAGCGCUCAGGAUGUCUUCGACCAUCCAGUAGUAGCGCGAGCCCGGAGGAUGAUGGAAAAUAUGAUGAACGACUCUCUUCGGAAAGGGCUAGACGCAUUCCGUGCCAGUCCACUCGGGAGCGUCGACGAAGGUUUCUUGGCGGAUAUCUUGGAAAGGCGGGCCAGCGAUGCUAUGGAUGUAUGCUCAUGA